AGUACGGAGUUACUCGUUGGAUUGAGCUCUUUUCUAUUCCUUGCUCAGCCAUCUGCUCAUUUUAUUUGAUCAAUCUAUCAUUCCUGCGAGCUGGUCUCGUUUCUAUUCUGUUCUCUGUAUUUGAGAAUUACUCUGUGGGUAGCAUACCAGUUAAUACCUCACGCAUAAAAGAUACCAACCACUGUUCGAUUUUUAAUAUUACGAACCAUACAAAAUGCAUUUCAUGAAGAUCACCGCGUUCCUCUUCCUCACGAGCGCAGCAGGCGUCCUGGCUGCACCUACCAAUGCCAUUAUCAGACGUGGCGCUGCAAGGACAUUCGCUGAGCUAUCAAUCAGUUCUGGCACGGCUGGAAACGCCGAAGCUGAGGCCAAGGCUGUAUUCCCCACCCCUAGCGAUCUCGCUUCAGUGUCUUCCGAUGACCUGGAUACACUGAAGACGGAGCGCGAAACCGCUGAGGAUGCAGAAACCGAUGGGUUCAACCCUGCAAUCGACGAUGCCACCGAUGAUGCUACCAAGACUGCUCUGCAGAAUGGGAAGAUCAAGAAUAAGGUCCUCAAAUUGACUGGCGAAGUGCUGGCGUUGAAGAUCGCGCAGGCUCAGGGAGAUGAGAAUGCUGAUAAGAUUGCGGAGGAGCAGGAGAAGUUGGAUACGAAUAUUCAGUUGGAUAAGGAGGCCGCUGGGCAGGAGAGUCAGACGGUUGAUUUUGAUGGGAAUUAGAGGGGAGUUGUAUGGUGGAGUAGUUAUGGGGAGAUAGUAGAGGCUGUGUUUGUGAAUGUGAAUCAAUUCUUUGUUGGUAUUGAUAAUUCGAAUUCUGAC